GUUGACAAGCGGUCAGCUGUUUCCGGUCUAUGAAAAUACAGGUGGCUCAGUAAAGGCCCACGAAAAACCCGGCUAAUUGUUUUUAAUUAAAUAAACAGCGGUUCGACUUACGGGUCAGAGUAAAUAAAGCGAGUGUAAUGAGGUACUAACGCGCGGUGAUUGUUCUCCCUUAAUUUCCUUUUGGUUGUCACGGAUAAUGUUGAAAGAAGAGCUAGAAGCCACCACGCUGAGAAAUGCUGAUAACUCGCACACGAUUACGCCGGACUCAGGAAGUAACGACGUGGCCAAGGAGUCGAGUCAGAGGCUUGUGAUAGAAGACAGAGUAGCCAGCAAAAUGUUCUCGUACGCGAGAGAAAUUUGUUUUUUCCUCGCAGUCACCUUCACAGCCUUGACUGCGCUUCACAGCUCAUCACCCAAGGUGUCAAAGCCACCAACAGCCAAGCCAUUCUUUAAUCAAAGUUCCAUUGUGCUAGAUUUUUACAAAGGUCAUGUGGGAGCUGUGAUAGAAAUGGUUCGUGAAGCAGAUUUUAGUUUUGUUAUGUAUUAUGCUCCGUGGGAUGCUGAGAGUCAAGCUGUGCGUCCAGAAUUUGAAAAAGUUGCUCAGCAUUAUGAUACACAGGUAUUUUUUGCUGCCAUUAAUUGUUGGCAUCCAAGCUCAGAGUGUAGAGCUCAAUAUAAAAUUCAAAGGUACCCUCUAUUAAUGCUGUAUCCAUCAAGAGAUUCUGGUAUACAAUACAAAGGAAUUCGUACUUCACAGUACAUGAUUCGUUUUCUUCAUGCGGUCAUGAAUCCAAUUGUUAGGAUCAUUCAUCCAGAACAACUGAUAGAGUUACUUGUCAAUUAUGAUGCUGUGGUGGUAGGGUAUUUUAAUUUUACAAGGUUAGACAGAACACCUGGUUACAAAGAAUUUCACAAGGCUGCUAUCAGUGCUUUAGAAAGUGAUCCUAACAGAGAAUUGAUAUUUGCUAUUGUUACUAGUAAAUUAGCAAGUGAAAGAGACCAUAAUAUUUAUACAUUUCCGUCUGCAAAUUUACUCAUGUGGAAUGAAUCUCUAAGGUAUCCAGAAGACUCUGAAUGGACUUCCGAAAACAUAUUAAAUUGGAUUAGGAGCUCCACUCAUCAACCAGCACUAUGGCUACAGCCUCCUGGGAUAAAAGCACUAACUUUAGCACCAUAUCUGAGAGAGGGGCCUGUACUUUUUCUCUUCACACCUCGUAAUCCUCUGCUCCUUGAAAAUUACAAUUAUAAUUUGAUUAGAGAAAUUGGACUGCAAUACUAUAACUGUGCAGACAAUCUCUUGGCUACAGAUAUAAUCGAACGUCUCAAACUUAAUCGCUGUACAGCUGUUAGUAGGCACUCUGGAAGGAACAGACAAUGUAGUAAAAUCUUAAAGGAGAACAGGAAUCUGUUAAACCAAUCUGUUGUUAGUGUUUCGAUUCAACGAUGGAUUAAUGAUAGCUGUUGUGCGAAUAUUGUAAUGAAUAAAUGCUCUCUAUGUAAGAAAAACGUAUUAAAUGGUGCUGAAAAGGAAUCAUCCGUUUGUAAGCUUGAUUCUGAUAAAGCAAGCGAUGUGUGUAAAGGUGCAGAUAUUUUUAAACUUUCUACUAGAGAGAAUCUACAAGAGAAAUAUGAAAUUUGCUGUAACAAGGCUUAUGUAUCGGCAAAGUUACAACAAGGAUUUAAAACUAGAAGUCACAGGCAGACAGCAUCAUUAGCCACUGGAAAUGAACAUGAUGUACAAUCUGCAAAUGCAGUAAAACACGAGUAUUUAAAACAGGAGUGUAAACGGUGGAUAGCUGGAAAUAAAUAUCAUCAUCCUAUAUUUCCACGCGAUUCCCUUGACCACCCGAAUUUAAAUCUAACAAAGUCAGUCUGUCAAAUUAAUAAAACAUUGGCCCUAAUAGCAAUCGAUAGUUUGCAUUACUUCCAUUUCGCGGAAGGUCUUGGAAUAGACGUUUUAAAAAAGAAGGAUAAGACUGCUGUUGUUAUAUUAGAUGUUGCUCAUGAAAGUCAAUACGUCAUGCAGGACGAUUUUAAUCGGUAUACACUUGUACAAUUUAUAAAUAAUUAUACUCAAGGCGUUUUACAACGGACUCUACGCUCAAGUGAUUCAAGACGUUUCGCUCAGAAAUUCAAAAGCAAUAUCACUUGUGAAACAAAAGAUUCACGAAGUAUCUGUAUCCCAGAGCUAACUACCGAAACCUUCUUGGAUACUAUUCUAGAUCCACUAAAGGAUGUGGUUGUGAUGUACCACUCUCCUUAUUGUGCAUUUUGUAGCGCGAUUUCAUAUACAUAUUUAACAGUGGCUUAUUACUUGCGCAAAAUGGAUCAUCUUUCAUUCGUCGGGGUUGACGGUGAUAACAAUGAUUUGCCGUGGGAAUAUAAUAUGAAUCGAUUCCCAUCCAUCCUAUUCUUUCCUGCUAAAAGAAAAGAGGAUAGCACAGUGUAUCCAUUUUCUCUGCCAAUUACCAUUCCUAAUCUCGUUAAUUUUGUCUUGGCGAACUUGGAUGGGCAUUCGCACGUCGAAGCUCUUGUAAAUAUUUGUCAGUCUGGAGCUGGUGAGCAACCAGACGCUUGUAUUGCUCGAACACGAUGGCUGUGUCUAGACAUUAUAGAACAAUUGCUUCGUGAUUAUCGAAAAUUGAUCAGACAUAUUAAUUUACUGGGAAGAACAGGUGCUAGGAACAGGAGAAAAAUCAUUUUGUUAAAGUUAGCGCAUAUUAAGGACGUACACUUGUUGUUAAGCUCUACCGUCGAUCUCAGAAAGGAUCAGCAUAAAGCGAAGCUUAUUAGAAAAAAAUUUAAGAAAUAUUACAGAAAUAUUAGAUUAUUCGAAUUAGAUAGUAAAAUGAAUAGCAUUCAAACUGCAAAUGCUAUUCCGCAACAAAACCUUUCUGAAAGGACGACGAUUAGGACAGAAUUGUGAUAUAAAUUUAAUGAUAGAUAUAUUCUGGUAAAUGUUAUUUUACUUAAAUUAUUUCAUGACCUGAUACUGGGUGUACAGUACAUACCUCAUGAAACUUUUUAUUACGGAAAGGUAAAAUGCGCCCAGUUAAUCUGUAUAUAUCUCGUGCAAAUGAAUACGGAAAUAUGUUUAAACACUUCUUUGUCUGCUUUUGUGAGUGUAUAUCGCGAAGAAGGUGUAUGUCUCUCUAUUAUUUCGAUACAGAACAUUCCCACUUAAUACUCGGAAUAGAAUAUUCAGUUACAUUUGGAAAGUUACUGAAAAUUUUGUGAUGC